CGACCCAAAACCUCAUGCAGAUCCUCUCGUGCAACGCCUCUUUACUGCGGCACACAUGUGGAAUUCCAUCAAUUUAAAAACAACCUAAGGAAACAUGCAAACUUUACGUGAAUUUACGCGUAAAACCAAAAGGGGCAAUAUCUUAAAGAUCGUGCGAGAGCACUAUCUCCGAGAUGACAUCGGUUGCGGCUCCGAAUUAUGCCGGAAUUGCUUCCAGAACGAGGUGUACCAACUGACCUCACAGCACGAGAUUCAGUGCAGCCUCUUCAAGUUCCCGCACUACAUAGUUGUGGACACCAAUGUGGUACUGGACCAAAUUGAUGUCCUCGAAGAGGAUGUGCUGCGCAACGUCAUCGUCCUGACAACGGUGCUAAACGAGGUGAAGCACAAAAGCUCUUCCAUUUACAAGCGCUUCAACGAGCUCGUCCACGAUCGGACCAGGCAUUUCUAUGUUUUUGUAAACGAGCACCACAAGGACACCUAUGCGGAUCGCGAACCAGACGAAACCGCCAACGACCGCAAUGAUCGAGCCAUUCGCAUUGCCACCAAAUGGUACGACGACCAUAUUAGGGCCUCUCAGUCCUCCAAAGACCUAGAACGCACUGGAAAAACAGCCACGCGCGUUAUUCUUCUGACAGACGAUGCCGGAAAUCGUGCCAAGGCCGAAGCGGAUGGCAUUUUAGUGGCUUCUGCGGCGGAGUAUGUGAAAUCCUUGGAAGACUUUCCCCUUCUGAUGGAUAAGUUGUCGCACAAGUCCUUCGACAGCGAGAAGCAGGCGCUGCCGCAAUAUCCGCCACAUCUCAGCAUGAAGGAACUGCUAGAGGGUCUGCGGCAAAAGAAGCUGCUGCAAGGCGCGUUUCAGGCUUCCAGGGAGAACUACCUUGAGGGCAGCGUCAACGUGGAGUCUUUCGAGAAAGGGAUCCUUAUCCAAGGACGCGAAGCACUCAACCGGGCUGUGGACGGCGAUCUAGUAGCCGUGGAAUUGCUUCCCGAAAGCGAGUGGUCGGCGCCAAGUGAAAUCGUUUUGGAAGAAAAUAAUGUCUAUGCCGACGAUGUGCCCAGCGAGGAACGCGCUGAGCAGGAGAAGGACAUGCUGCAGCAGGUUCAGGCAGCUUCAGCCGCCUCAGCCGAGGAGCGUUCGCCGACGGGAAGAAUUGUGGGAAUUGUACGCCGUAAGUGGCGUCAGUAUUGCGGUAUUUUGCAACCAAGCUUGAUUGAGGACACCAGUCGGCAUAUUUUUGUGCCGGCAGACCGAAAAAUUCCCCGUAUUCGGAUUGAAACGCGGCAGGCGGCCAAGCUUCAGAACCAGCGCAUCAUAGUGACCAUCGAUACGUGGCCGAGGAACUCGCGCUACCCCCACGGUCACUUUGUUCGGUCCCUAGGACCACUGGGUGACAUGGCCACCGAAAAUGAGGUAAUCCUGCUUGAGCAUGAUGUACCGCAUUGCAAGUUCUCGGAGGAGGUGCUGAGCUUCCUUCCCAAGAUGCCGUGGACCAUUAAGGCAGAGGACUAUGCCAAGCGUGUGGAUUUGAGAGAUUUGUACAUCUGCUCCGUGGAUCCGCCGGGUUGCACAGAUAUCGAUGAUGCUUUGCAUUGCCGCCAGCUGCCGAAUGGAAAUCUCGAGGUGGGCGUCCACAUCGCCGAUGUGAGCCACUUUAUUCGACCCGGAAAUGCGUUGGACAAGGAGGCGGCUGCCAGAGGCACCACUGUGUAUCUGGUGGGCAAACGUAUCGACAUGGUUCCCGAGCUGCUAAGUUCGAACCUCUGCUCACUGGUUGGCGGCGUCGAACGCUUUGCCUUCUCGUGUGUUUGGGAGGUGGACCAUGAUGCAAACGUGAUUAGCAAGCGCUUCCACAAGAGUGUCAUCAAGUCGAAACGGGCCAUGACGUACGAAGAGGCGCAGGUUCUGAUUGAUGACCCCGCAGACCAGGGUGAGAUCGCCAAGUCUCUGAGGAAUCUUAACAAACUAGCCAAGAUCUUGAAGAAACGUAGAAUGGACAAUGGGGCCUUGGUCUUAGCCUCCCCAGAGAUUCGCUUCCAGGUGGACAGCGAGACCCAUGAACCGCUGGAAGUGGAGGCCAAGCAGAUGAGGGAGACCAACUCGAUGGUGGAGGAGUUUAUGUUGCUGGCCAAUAUUACGGUGGCCGAGCACAUUGCAGCCGAGUUUACCGAGUGCGCCGUGCUGCGUCGUCAUCCUCGCCCUCCUCCCACCAACUUCGAUCCCCUGGUGAAAGCCGCUCGCUAUCAAGGAUACCAAGUAGACAUCGAGUCCGGCCUGGAGCUGGCGCACUCGCUGGACAAGUGCGUCAAAGAGGAUAACCCGUAUUUCAACACCAUGAUUCGUAUCCUCACCACGCGCUGUAUGAUGCAGGCGGUGUACUUUAUCAGCGGCAGCCUCCAGAAGGAAGAAUACUUCCAUUACGGUCUAGCAGCUCCCAUCUACACGCACUUCACCUCGCCCAUCCGACGCUACUCCGACAUCAUGGUUCAUCGGCUGUUGGCCGCCUCCAUCGGCGCCGACAGCACCUACGCCCAACUGCUGGAGCGGAAGUCCAACGAGGAACUGUGUCAUAACCUAAACUAUCGGCACAAGAUGGCCCAAUAUGCAGGUCGCGCUUCGGUGGCUCUCAAUACGCAUCUCUUCUUCCGUGGAAAGGAAGAGGAUGAGGAAGGUUAUGUUCUCUUUGUUCGCAAAAACGCACUGCAAGUACUCAUUCCCAAGUACGGACUCGAGGGUACGCUGUAUCUAAAGUCGGAUAAGGAUGGCAAGGACGGUCUGGAGCGAACCAAGGCUCAGAUUAUUUUUACGUUUAACGAGGAGGAUCACACGCAACGUUGCGGCAACUUUGUGUUCCAUUCGUUCGACCCUGUAACAGUGCGACUCAGCCUGGAUUCCAGCAACGUCCAGCACGAGAAACUCGUGUUUCGGUUGGUGAAGCCCUACAUCAAGGGCUUCAGUGUGGAGCCAAAAGCUGGAGCUGAUGAUAAAGAGAGCCAGGCGCCACCGCCCACCAAAAAGUCAAAGAAGGACAAAAAGAAAAAGUAAUCCCUUCUCGUAAGACUAAGUUGAGUUAGGUUAAGUCACAAAAAUUUAUAAACUGAUUCAUUUUAUAUAAAUGAAGUAUUUUUUAAAAUUGAA